ACAGCUGCGAACAGCUGACUUGUAGCUGUACGCUGCUGUAUAUUGCUAUACGAUUUCGCGUAGUCAAAUCAUUACAUGGUUUUCUUUGUGUAAUGUUGAGAUUUUACUUAACGAAGUGAUGAUUGGCGAAAUACUUUAAUAUAUUCAGAAAGAUUUUAUGAAAAUGGAAUCUUUCCAAUUAAAUAAGGGCUUUUUUGACUUGUGUGUAAAUGUACCGGAAGGAGAAAUAGAUAAUUUGAAUGAUAUUUUAUUGAGAUUAUAUGAAAUGGGUUAUAGAACAGUUGCAUUAAAUCAAACUGUAAAUGAAAGUGUCAUGGAUAGUGAUAAAAAAAAGAAGGAUGAAACUAAGCAAGUAACAAGUGUGGUACCCGAUCCAAUUGAUGUUUCAAAAUUGAAUGAAAAAUGGAAUGGAAAACUGAGUAUACUUAAUAGGCUAACAUUUAUUUGUUCAAGUUCUAUAAAAGCGCACACAUUGGCACAAUGUCCAAAUUUAAGAAAAUAUGAUAUAUAUGCUCUUGUGCCAAUCAAGCAAGAUAUGUUGGAGUUUGCUUGUCAAACCAUAAAAGUAGAUCUCAUUACGAUAAAGCCAGAAAUUUCUGGUAUAAAAAUAAAUCGAAAAGUAUAUCGACAGGCAAUAGCAAGAGAUCUGUAUUUUGAAAUACAGUACGUAGAUCUUUUGAGACCAGAAACACGUGUAGCGGCUCUUCAUCGUUCUUAUCAAUUACAAAUGUGCCGCGUAAGCAUGAAUAUAAUCAUAUCCAGUGGUGCAAACAAUAGGAAUUUGAUCAGAAAUCCUUACGAUAUCAUAAAUCUUGGAUGUGUGUUGGGUUUGAAACGAGAUAAAAUAAAAUCAGUUAUAUUAAACGAAUGUCAACUUUUUCUUUUAAAAGCAAAAAAGCGGAUAUUUGGCAAGUCAGUGUUUACGAUAGAGAUUGCAAAAAAAUCAGAUGUAAAUGAGGAUGAAGAAAUAGGAAAGAAACGAAGAAAAAAGUCUUUAAAUUAG